AUGGUCCUUUUCACUUGGGGGGUGUUGAACGGAAUGGAGACCAUUAUGAGUCUUUUCUUGCAAGAAGUUCAACAACUGUCUGCAAUCCAAGCAGCUGUUCGAUUUUUACCUAACGUCAUAAUCGGAAUUAUCGUCAAUAUUGGUACGGGACUCUUAGUGCAUCGCCUUCGUGCUAACUACCUUGUCCUAAUCACCUCGAUUCUCUCCGCCGCCUCUCCACUACUCAUGGCGAUAAUUGAUCCCAAAUGGUCCUGGUGGUAUUGCGUGUUCUGGGUAAUGAUACUGGGUCCCUUAUCCGCAGACGUGAUAUUUACUGUCGCAAACCUGAUUAUCGCGGACUCCUUUUCGCCCAAGACACAAGGACUUGCAGGAGCUGUAUUUAACACUAUCGCCCAAUUCGGUACAUCAAUCGGUCUCACUACCUUUGCCAUUAUCGCAGCUAGUGUCACAGAUGGAUCCUCAUACAAUAACAAAAGUUCGCCGGAGGCUCUAAUGGCCGGUGCCUGGGGACUGCGGCGAGUGGGAAAGGUUGGUCUCAAACGAGAGUAG